CAUCUGGUAAUGGGGGAUGGUGCACACUGGUCUUUGUGCCCUCCCCCUUUUUCCUCCCCCCUUUACAGCCACUACAGCUGCUGCCUCCACUGCCCUAUGCUGGCUGCUGUCAUUUACAGUGCCACUUUCCACGUUCACGAGCUGCAGUCAGCCCCGUUCAGCAUGCAGGGCCCCCCUGACCCCAUGGCCGUGGCUGUGGGGCAGGACGUGGUGCUGCCAUGCCGCCUGUCCCCGGAGCAGAGCACACAGGACAUGGAGGUGACGUGGUUUAGGGACCAAUUCACGCCCUUCGUGCAUUGCUACAGGGAUGGCCAGGACCAGUACGGGGACCAGGAGCUUCGAUACCAAGGGCGCACGGAGAUGCGCCUCACCAAUGGCAGCGUGAGCUUGAGAAUCCUCCGCGUCCAGCUGUCUGACAGAGGGAGCUACACCUGCUUUGUUCGCACUGAUCUGGGAUACGACGAGGCUGCAGUGGAGCUGCAGGUCACAGCCAGUGGCUCAGCCCCGUUCAUCGCACUGCAGCGCUACCAGGACGGCGGCAUCUGCGUGGCAUGCUGCUCUGCAGGCUGGUUCCCGCAGCCCCAGCUGCUGUGGCGGGACCCCCGUGGGCAGUGGCUGCCCUCCCUCUCUGAAAACGUCACCCAGGACGGCGGUGGCCUCUACACAGCAGAGAGUGUCCUCGUCCUCGCCAGUGGUGACAGCCAGGAGCUGGCCUGCGUGGUCAGGGCUGCGCUGCACAACCAGGAGAAGAGUCCCCCUACGGGGCUCUUUUAUUUUUCAGAUCCUUUUUUCCAAAACGCCAGACCGUGGAAGAUCGCCCUGAGCCUGGUACUGGUUGCAGUGGUUGCUCUCUCCAUCGUUGCUGUUUAUCUGCUGAAAAUGAAAGGAAAGUAUGAGAAAAAAAUAGCAGCACAAGCCGCAGAGCUGGGGGACCGUGACUCCAAAAUUGAGAAACAAGCUGAGGAACUUGUGUGGAGAAGAUAUGCAGCGCUGAUUGAAGAUGCGAAGGUGGUUCUGGACGCAGGCACUGCCCACUGCGACCUGAUCCUGGCUGAUGAUGGCAGGAGUGUGAAGCGCACAGACCGACGCCAGGACGUCCCCAGCCGCCCCGAGCGCUUCCAUCCCUGGCGCUGCGUGCUGGGCUGCGAGGGCUUCACGGCGGGGAGGCACUGCUGGGAGGUGGAGGCGGUGCUGGAUGGAGGGGGCUGGACCGUGGGCGUCUCUCGAGAAGACGUGAGGAGGAAAGGGGAGAUUGAGUUCGGCCCAGAGGAAGGCAUCUGGGCCGUGGGGCAGUGGGCAGGGCAGUUCCAGGUGCUCACAUCUCCGCAGCGCACGCUCCUUCCCGAUGUUCACACUCCCACGUGGGUCCGGAUCGCUCUGGAUUAUGGAUUGGGCCGGGUGGUGUUCUUCAAUGUGGAUGAGGAGAUCCCCAUCUUCACAUUUCCACCAGUGUCAUUCCAUGGGAUAAAAGUCCACCCCUGGCUCUGGCUGGGUCCUGGUACACAGCUCAAAAUGUGGCCCUGAUGAAGAAGAGGAGGAAAGUGAAGGCGCUGCUGGGAUUGAUCCCUGCUGCUAAACAACCAGCCUUUAUCAGUUGGGAUGAAUUUGCCAUCUCCACCUCCAAAGGUAAAUGAUGUUACCUCUCUGGACCUCUGCCCAAGGCUGGUUAGGGUUAGGUAUAUGCUUUAUCUGAGGCCAGGUGUGCUGUCACACCAGCUCCUUCACUCAUCUGAUGUCCAGCAGGCAUGGAUCUUUCCAAACAAAGGCUUUACUGUUAUUGCCAAGUGUGUUUUUAAUUCCAGAAAUGAAUGAGGAUACACUUGUAUGCAACACAAAUAAAGUCUGCUCAGCCCAGGAGCACUGAGCCUCACUGCAGAGAAGUCCAAAAGGAACAGCUCCGAGAUGCAGCCUGAGCUUGCAGCAAGGUUCUCCAGGUGUUUGCUGGAAUAUACAAGAAGCAGCUUCCUCUAUAGCAGGACCCCUCAUGUGAGCACUGCAAGAGGAGCCAGAGCCAAAGUGCGGACACUGAAAUCUUCUCCAUUCUCCUCCUUUACCUGUGCAGCAGCUUGAGAUUCUGCAGAACACAGACAUGAGCUCCUGCUUCAGGUAUGGCAGCGGAGCUGGCAACAACACUUCAGCAGAUGCUCCUCAGUGUGUUUAGAGGAAAGUGGAGAAGCCACCUGAGGAGCACAUCAUGAUUGCAAGUAAGACGUCCAGCUAAGAGUAACUUCAGACAAGAGUAACACAGGGCAGGUAUGGUGGUGGGAGGGCAAGCACUAAUGAAGAAUGCAGUACUGCAAAAUAGCAUGCAGGGGAAUGCUUCACUGCUACUAUCAGUCAUUAUUUCUUAAUUAGUAAAAACUAAUUCAAAGAGAAAGCAGUGACAGUGGUGCAACGCAUUCCCUUUUAUAAAAUGUGGUCCAUUGCAAUUAGGUAAACAUGUUAGUAAGUAAGAUCCGUUUUCAGAUGGGUUUUCAGCAGUCUAACAGUGACAAAAGGCUGCACAAAACAAAAAGCAAACCCUGCCAGAGCUACUGGGUGCUACCGAGAAACACAGCGCCUCCCUGCUACAACUUGACUAACAGUGCAUUCGUGUGUAUGCACACACAUCGCAUACCCAUGUGCAUUGGUAAAGCUCACCUUUAGAUGCUUCAGGCAAAUCAGGAGGGGAGAAUGAGGCAGAGCUGAGGAGGGUGCGCAGACCACAGCAGCCAGCAGAGGGGAAUCGUGGUACUGGAGCCGGCACCGAACUUCCCAUACUGAGGGAGCAGGAGCACUGCAGUGCAGGAGAGGAAAUCAUGUGCAGUCUUAAUCCUGGAGACUGUAAGAGACGGUAGGGGGAACAUCUGAUCUCUCCCUUCCUACCCCAUGCAUUCUGUUGGAAACCACUGCUGCAAAGGCAAAAAGCAGCCCCCAGGUCCUGCCUCUGCUGCUGCCUCCAACUCAUUCACUGCAAGCUGAACUGUAAUGCUGCAAUUUGGCUCCUUGGAUGAUCAAUAUUGCUAAAUCUGGAGCCAGGGGGACUCACAGGCGGGCAGCAUCAGUCAGACAAAAAUCAAGAUUCAUUUCGGAUAUAUAAGAAUAUUUGGGGACAGUUCUGAGAAUCAAAACACUUGGACUGUGAAUUAUAAAUAGAUUUGAGGAAGAAGUCUUGCUUAUAAACACUUUAGGUUGAAGAUGUUUGCUUGUUUUCAGAGACAAUAAAUGUAGGACUACCUAAGCUGGGGGUGAGAAUUUGAGAAAGGAAUUGCAGUUAGCAAAUUGAGGGAGGUCAUUCCCCCUCUCUGCUCCAUUCUUAUGAGGUUCCACCUGUGCUCCGCUCAAAGGCCCCAGCAUAGAAAAGAUGUGGAUCUGUUGGGGAGAGCCGAGAGGAGGUCAUGAAGGUGCUCAGAGGGCUGGAACACCACUCCUAUGGAGGACAGCUAAGCUUGUUCAGCCGGGAGGAGAGAAGCUCUGGGGAGAGCUCAUGGCUGCAAACCAUUCUGUGAUUACAUUCCAUGAUUCUGUGGCACAGAGGUCAGGGUCUGCCUGAGCACCAGUUUGCUGGCAGGAGGUGGUAAGACAAACAAAGUGCCUUUGUAUCACUUGGGGGUUUUGCUGAUGCUUCUUCUCAUGGCCUUUAUUAAACUCUCACUAUCUCA